CGCUGACCGGAAGAGUGUAUCAACGAAAGUUCACGUCUUUGGAAAAAAGCCCUAAAAAAGACACAACGUACAGCACCACUGAGCAAAUAAUUGAAAUUUUGAAAUGGAAAAAGAUUAUAAUUCUAUCUCGAGUGAAGAACAAGGUACAUACGAAGUUGAGUUUUUAGAUUCCCAUUAUUCUUGUUCUGAAUCAUCCGGAGAGACAGAAAUGCACAUACAGAGUACCAUAAGUAAUUCACCAACAUUAAUUUCUGCAUCGAACCGAGAUGAUGAGAAGCGAUCUACAAAGAAAUUACCGACGGCUGGUGAUGAAUAUAGUUCAUUGGAUGAUCUAGAACCAGCAGGAAAUAGUAGCGAAGAGAAAUUGUUUAGUUUUCAUGCGGAUAUACUGGAGAAAAAGUUUAAAGGGCAGAAAUCGUUUGAAAAGCGUGGAACCGUAGAAGUUACAGAUGAUUCUGUUGAAGGAGUGCUCAACAGAAUAUGGGAAUACUGUGCACAAUUUAUCACGAAGGCUGUUAUCUUCAAGGAUUUUGAUCCUAAAGGACAUUCAACGAAUUUGGAGGCCGCUUGGGAUAAUGAAGAUCCAUCGUUUGAAUCAAAAGAUAAAUUCUUAAUUUUUCAGGACAAAUCAGGGAAACGAAAUAUAGCCCCAUCGGAUGUGACAUCUAAUACGUUACAGGGAUGGCUAUCGAAAACCAUUACGGUUGUUGUUUAUCGCUAUUCAGAUUCUGUGUUAACUGCGCAUAAGUACCAUGCUGUCGAAAGUCAGUUGCUACGACCUGCUGAAAAAGAUCGAGCAGGAGCUGAGUCAAAUGUGUCAUUACAUAAGUUAAAGGAAACUCUUAAAGUUUCACAUGGAAAUCACUUGACGUCAGACGAUAUAAACUGGUCUUGUUGGGCCAACUACAUAAGUACCCAACCAACAACAAUGCGUGAAGAACUCAUAAACCAACUGCCACCGAAACAUCUCAUUGCCCUUUUUCGAACUGUGCCAAUACACUCGGAUACCGUUCUUCUCAGGACGAAAUUUGAUCUUCGUGUAGCAGAGAAUGAAAACAAAGCCUAUACGCGAAUCGUGGGUCAGCUCAAACAAGAUUGUGAUAAUUUACGUACCUUGGUUGCAGUCAUGGGAAGAAGAAUUCUAGAAAUGGAGCAGCUUUUACAUGACCACUGCGAUAUGAUCACUGCUAUGAGAAAUACAGUUACCGUAGAAGAUAAUGAGUAUUCACAAUUUCUAGCAAGCAAAGUCACAGAUUGUACUGAUGUUGACCAUGAAUAA